AGAAACUAAAAAUCCAAAAGCCCAAAUUGAAAAUCCCCAACCAAGCUACCGUUUUAAUCCCAAGAGCCGCCAUAGCCCAGCUACUUACCUCGUGGAUGGAAACCAGUACACGUUCUUAAACCUCAAGAGUUCCCAUUUCUUCUGUUUUGGACCUUUUAUUCAUUUCCUUAUUAGCGUCUCUUUUUCUUCUUCAAGGCUUUUCGGUCAAGAUUUCUCUUACAAUCAAGCUCUUGUUAGUUAGAAAUCGUGGACAAUGCCACUGUGGAGACUCUCUGGCUCCGCAAGAUCGGUUCUGGAUCCUGAAUUGCAUCGUUCUCUUGGGUAUGUAAGGUGUAUUGUUACUGAUUGCAGAGCUGUUCUUGUGCCGCGAUUCGGCGGACCUGAAAUACUUGAGGUUUCUCCGAAUGUGAAAGUUCCUGAUCUGAAGCCUCACGAGGUACUCGUUCGUGCUCGCGCUGUCUCGAUCAAUCCUCUUGAUACUCACAUGCGAUCUGGCUAUGGACGUUCAAUAUUUGAACCACUUCUUCCAUUAAUUUUGGGUCGCGAUAUUAGUGGUGAAGUGGCAGCUGUUGGAAGUUCAGUGCGAUCCCUACGUGUUGGUCAAGAAGUCUUUGGUGCGCUGCAUCCAACUGCUGUGAGAGGUACUUAUGCCGACUAUGCCAUUCUUUCAGAAGAUGAACUUACAACAAAACCGGCUUCUGUUACGCACGUGGAGGCAAGUGCAAUUCCUUUUGCGGCACUGACUGCCUGGCGUGCUCUAAAAAGUACUGCAAGGAUUGCUAGCGGACAAAGGGUGUUGGUGCUGGGUGGAGGAGCAGUAGGCUUAUCUGCAAUUCAGCUUGCUGUAGCUUCAGGGUGCCAUGUGUCAACUUCAUGUGGAAGUUAUUCACCUGGAAGUCAAAGUUUAGAGCGAGUUCUGGCAGCUGGUGCUGAGCAGGCUGUUGAUUAUACAUCAGAGAAUUUAGAAUUGGCAAUUAAAGGACAAUUUGAUGCUGUUCUAGACACUAUUGGUAUACCAGAUACUGAAAGAAUAGGCAUCAAUUUUCUGAAGCGAGGUGGUCACUACAUGACACUGCAGGGAGAGGCAGCAUCCGUGGCUGAUAGAUAUGGAUUAGCUUUGGGGCUUCCUAUGGCUACUGCCCUUUUGUUGAAGAAACAAAUGCAGUAUCGUUACUCCCAUGGAAUAGAGUAUUGGUGGACAUAUAUGAGGGCCGACUCUGAAGGACUACAUGAGAUCCAGAAGUUGGUAGAAGCUGGGAAGCUAAAGAUACCAGUUGACAAGACGUUCCCAAUCACCCAAGUGAGACAGGCUCACGAGGCAAAAGAUAAAAAGCUCAUUCCUGGUAAGGUAGUGCUUGAAGUUGACUGAAGAUGAAUUUCAGAAGCUCUGGAGUUAUUGGAAUCAUGGAGAAAUUCGCCUUCAGUUUCUGUACAGUAAAUGUUCCACUGUUAUUGAAUUUGUCACAUGCAAACAAUUCUUUCCCAAUAAAAAUUAACAGGGGGAAGAUGAUUUUCUAUGGGACUAGAGGCAAGAAAUACAACCCAUGUAUCUGGUUUACACAUUUUUUACAAAAAAAUUGGUAGGUUCGAUCUGUAUAGUUUUGUGCUAUUGGAUGUGCAUAAGUGAAGAUGGGAUUGGUUUGCAUGGAUGGAA